CAACGGAUGCUGACGGCCAUUGGCGAGGGCGUGCUGUGAGAACAUGUUCUCUACCACCACUCUAGGGUGAGCAGUCGAAGCUGGUUAUCAAGAUUUAACGCGAACUUCAACCAGUUCUGUGGGAAUAUACGCACAGGUGUGUGGAAGUUAUCCAGAUCUCCUGCCAGUCCAUAAGCCCAAUAUAUCAAGAUGGCACCCAAGAUAGCAGACCUGGAGGAGUUUGUGAAGAAGUGGGCUUGGGAUUUUUUCUUGAAGACACGCUUGAAGGACCACAGCAGGCUUCGUUAUGAGGAUGUCAGGCUAGAGGUUAACUGGUCUCGUGUCAAGUUCAUUAGUUCCCAGCCUGAGUAUUCAGACUCUCGAUUGGUUGACAGACCUCAGUCCCAAGUUGUCUUCAAGUCAACAUAUGAGAAUAUGACAGACAAUGAGCAAGACCAUUCAUUUCAGACUGAGCGCACAACAACCUCUUGUUGUAUCACUUCAGUUACUAAAGGGUUUACCAAGGGCAUGCACCUAGAGCUUAAGCUAGGUCUUCCAGAUGAGGUCGCUACAGCAACGGCUGGAUUUGGGCGAGAAGUCAACAUGGAGUCAACAGACGAAAAUAUAAAAGAGGAGACAAUGACCUGGACCAUCAACAGUACUAUUAAGGUGCCACCACACCAUCGCACAGUGGCUGAGCUGGUGGUGCACGAGAAGGAAUACAGUGCCAAAUUCAAGAUGGCAGUGCAAGUCAAGGGCAUGGUCAUCGUUGUCAUUACAAACCUACGUGACAACAAUGCCUUUGUUCAGUCAGUUGAAGGUGACUUGAGCGAGGUGAUCAAAAAUGAGAAGAACAUUAAGGAUUCAAAUGUGACCGUCGAAAAUCGCACAGUGACCUGGGAGGUGGAAGGAGUAUGCCAGUUCCGUUUUGGUGUGGAGCAACAUGUCCGUCUGCAAGAGUCACCGAUUGGCACAUCGUAACACAGUGGUGACUGAAGGACUUCUGCCACUGUGUGCUCACUACUGUGAUAUCAAUCUGCAGGCCUAUGUUAAAUCAGAGGUACACCAUAUUUAUAAAAGCAAUUACACCUACCUGGGUUAUGAGUCAGAUCUCGCCUUUUUGCAGGAUUGUCUUAGCUCACCCAAGUGAUCACAUUCAGUUGAUUUGGUGUAAACACCAACCCUAAACCUUUCAGUCAGUCAAUGUCUAUCCAACUAUUUUAUUAUUACAGUAGUAAGUAUAGAUGAAGACUUUAGAAAAGAAACUAGAUGAUUGGUUUGCUGUUUGUUGGCUAUAAGGUUUCAACCUCCAUUGUGCACAUGAAAGCUUACAGUAUCUUCUGCUAAAUAUUCUUUAAAGCACAUCUAAUAUGAUGAUUCUUUCAUAUAAUAUUCCAAGGACUUUGUUCUAGAAAUGGGUAUGAUGAAGUAAUUCAAACAACAUUUCAGUUACAUAAUAUUUGUCAACUCCAGUAAAAUUUGGACUUGAGAGAUCUUUAAUAACUGUCCCAUAACUAGCCAGACAUUCAGAUUCACACUGAGGGAUCCAGUUUUCCCCACAAUAGUAUGUCAGAAUUGCAGUUCUAACUUGUGGGUAAGUUGCAACAAUACAGGACUAGAAUCAAUCAGUGCAAUUUAUUUUCAUGUUUCGAUACCUUAAUGCCAUGACCAUGCAUCUGAUACAUGAUGUUUUUCAUUGGAAUAAUAAGUUACAGUAAUAAGCAAUAUCACCUGCAAAUCAUUUCUCUUUUCCUCCAUAGUUUUAUAAUUUGAUACAAAUGUAUUUGUGUGUGGAUUUAACACAAGGCCUCCUAAAUUUUUUUUCUUUAUAAUAAUGGCUGCCAUUGCCACUGUAGCAAGUAAACUUAUGCCAAAACUUACCUGCAUAGCAGCAGAAAAAUAUCAGUUUAAAUGCCAUAUUUCAUUUUAUUUUAAAAGAUAGUUUUGAUCAUGCCUAUGACUUCUUAAACUUGUUUGAUGACUUGUUUAUUUUAGUAGAAUUUUGUAAACAAUUCUGGGACAUGCAUUCUAAACUGCGUUUUUAUGUUUACCAAGAAUGGCAACCAUAAGAUUUAAAAUUCUUUCAGAAAUCAAGUUACAGAAUAAAACAAUCUUACAACAAUUUGAAGAUUUAUCAUUAAGUUUGAGCACAGCAAAAAAACUAAAAUGUAACAUUUAACUGUAACCCAGCAGAGGGAUUUGGCUUCUUUCUCUGAUGAGAAAAACUACCAUUUUAUCCAUACCAGAACAAGCAAGGAGAAUUUUUUACAGUUUAGGCAAAUAUUUUGUUAUUUCUGUAUGCAGAAGCAAUAGGCACUUGAAAGCAUAUGUGCCCUUUGUUUCUCAGCUGCUUAACCAUAGAUGAAUUGUUGGUUGUCUGUACACAUGAGUGUAUGAUGAUGUAUAUGUGCAUUAUGAAUGGUUUUAGAUACAAGAUUGUUUUUGUGUUUUACUAUGAUGCACCACUUGCCUUAUCCUUGUCUUAUAACAAGCACUUGUUCUUGAUUUUUUUUUUCUUUAAUGAGCUUGCUCCCACUGGGAUAAAUAAAGCUGGUCAUUUAUAAUUGAAACAAUGCAAUAACACUUAAAUAUCUGACAAAGAGAUAAAUAUGCACAUUUCAGAUCACUUUGUAGGAAAUCCCUAAAGUAUUAUAAUUUUACAAAAUUUAAUGGAAGGAAUUGUUGUACAAAAUUUGAGAUUUAUUAAAAGACAUUUUAUUAGUUUGCAGCGUAGGCAAACACGAAAUAACCAUUAAGGAUUUUAACAAUACAUAAUAAACACAAACCCUUAAAAGCUAAUCCAAGUGCAAAGUUAUUUUCCAGGGAGUGAGUUCUAUUUUCUAUUCACAAAAUACAAGCCUUUGAACAUAGCAGUUCUCUUCUAGAUUUGACAAGAUCUGGGUCAAAAUCUCAUUUGCUGCAAAACUGCAAAUGUUUCAUCAGAUUAAGCUGGAAGCUCUCCCACUGACAUCCAAUCACUUCAAAAGUAUGAAUACAAGUCAGUCCAUAAGUGCUUUUAAUUAAAAAGGGAACUAUAAAUAGCCUACGCAUUUUUAUAACAAACUUGUUCACUUGUCAAUGGCUUUCAGCUAAAUUUCACAUUUGACUUGGGUCAGCAUUGUAAGGAGUGCUUCAGCUACAUAUAAAAUGCAAAAAAGCAAGACUACGAAGGUAUUGAAGAAUCAUAUAGCAA